GGCGGCGGCGGCGGCGGCGGCGGCGGCGGCGACGGCGACGGCUGCGGGCUGAGUGCUGAGUGCUGAGCGCUGAGCGGCUAGUUUCCGAUUUAAAGCUGCUGCGAGGAAAAUGGCGGCGGGCGGAUCAAAAUACUUGCUGAACAGUGGAGUCAGAGACCAAUAAAAAUAAACUCCCACUUGAACGUCAUUUGACUGGUUAGCCAGUUGCUGACGUAUUUUCACAAUGAGUGGAUUAGGAGAGAACUCUUUGGAUCCACUGGCCCCUGAUUCACGAAAACGCAAGUUGCCAUGUGAUACUCCAGGACAAGGUCUUACCUGCAGUGGUGAAAAGUGGAGACGGGAACAGGAGAGUAAAUAUAUUGAAGAAUUGGCUGAACUGAUAUCUGCUAAUCUUAGUGAUAUCGACAAUUUCAAUGUCAAACCGGAUAAAUGUGCAAUUUUAAAGGAAACAGUAAGACAGAUACGUCAAAUAAAAGAGCAAGGAAAAGCUAUUUCCAAUGAUGAUGAUGUUCAGAAAGCUGAUGUAUCUUCCACAGGACAAGGAGUUAUUGAUAAAGACUCCUUAGGACCACUUUUACUUCAGGCAUUGGAUGGUUUCCUCUUUGUGGUGAAUCGUGAAGGAAACAUUGUAUUUGUGUCAGAAAAUGUCACCCAGUACCUGCAGUACAAGCAAGAGGACCUGGUUAACACAAGUGUCUACCAUAUCUUGCAUGAAGAAGACAGAAAGGAUUUUCUUAAAAACUUACCCAAAUCUACAGUUAAUGGAGUUACGUGGACAAAUGAGACCCAGCGACAAAAAAGCCAUACAUUUAGUUGCCGUAUGUUGAUGAAAAUGCCACAUGAUAUUAUGGAAAACAUAAAUACUAGUCCUGAAAUGCGCCAGAGAUAUGAAACAAUGCAGUGCUUUGCUCUGUCCCAGCCACGAGCUAUGAUGGAGGAAGGGGAAGAUUUGCAGUCCUGUAUGAUCUGUGUGGCACGCCGUGUUACUACAGGAGAGAGAGCAUUUCCAUCAAACCCUGAGAGCUUUAUUACUAGACACGAUCUUUCAGGAAAAGUUGUCAAUAUAGAUAUGAAUUCGCUGAGAUCCUCCAUGAGGCCCGGUUUUGAAGAUAUAAUCCGAAGGUGCAUCCAGAGAUUUUUUAGUCUUAAUGAUGGGCAGUCGUGGUCCCAGAAACGUCACUAUCAGGAAGCUUACAUCCAUGGCCAUGCAGAAACCCCAGUGUAUCGAUUCUCUUUAGCUGAUGGCACUAUAGUGACUGCACAAACAAAAAGCAAGCUAUUCCGAAAUCCUGUAACAAAUGAUCGUCACGGCUUUGUCUCAACCCACUUUCUUCAGAGGGAACAGAAUGGGUAUAGACCAAACCCAAAUCCUGUUGGACAAGGCAUUAGACCUCCAGCAGCUGGUUGCAGCAGUGCAGUAGGCGGCAUGAACAUGUCGCCCAGCCAGGGCUUACAGAUGCUGAGCGGCAGGACCUAUGGCUUGGCUGACCCCAGCCCCGCGGGACAGAUGGCUGGAGCUAGGUAUGGGGCUUCUGGUAGCAUGGCUUCAGUGAACCCCGGGCCAGGCAUGCAGUCACCAGCUUCCUACCAGAACAGCAACUACGGUCUCAGCAUGAGCAGCCCUCCGCACGGCAGUCCUGGCCUCAGCUCCAGCCAGCAGAGUAUCAUGAUUUCUCCUCGUAAUCGUGGGAGUCCAAAAAUGGCCUCACACCAGUUUUCUCCUGUCGCAGGUGUACACUCUCCCAUGGGAUCUUCUGGCAAUACUGGGAGUCACAGCUUUUCUAGCAGCUCUCUCAGUGCCCUUCAAGCUAUCAGUGAGGGCGUGGGGACUUCUCUUUUAUCUACUCUGUCUUCACCAGGCCCCAAAUUGGAUAACUCUCCCAAUAUGAAUAUAACGCAGCCAGGUAAAGUGAACAGUCAGGAUUCCAGGAGUCCCCUAGGCUUGUAUUGCGACCAGAAUCCAGUGGAGAGUUCAAUGUGUCAGUCAAAUAGCAGGGAUCACCACAGUGACAAAGAAAGUAAGGAGAGCAGCAUGGAAGGGUCAGAGAAUCAAAGAGGUCCUCUGGAAAGCAAAGGUCACAAAAAAUUAUUGCAGUUACUUACCUGUUCUUCUGAUGACCGGGGGCAUUCCUCCUUGACCAGCUCCCCUCUGGAUUCAAGUUGUAAAGACUCUGCCGUUAGUGUCACCAGCCCCUCUGGGGUCUCCUCUUCAACACCUGGAGGCGUGUCCUCCACGUCCAAUAUGCACGGGUCACUGCUGCAGGAGAAGCACCGGAUUUUGCACAAGUUGCUGCAGAACGGAAAUUCACCAGCUGAAGUCGCCAAGAUUACUGCCGAAGCCACUGGGAAGGACACUAGUGGUACGACGUCUUGUGCGGAAGGGAACGUCAAGCAGGAGCAGUUAAGUCCUAAGAAGAAGGAAAAUAAUGCUCUGCUUAGAUAUCUUCUGGACAGGGAUGACCCUAGUGACACACUCUCCAAAGAACUACAGCCCAAAGUGGAAGGCGUGGACAGUAAAAUGAGCCAGUGCAGCAGCUCCACCAUUCCCAGCUCAAGUCAAGAGAAAGAGUCUAAAAUUAAGACAGAAGCAAGUGAAGAGGGGUCUGGAGACUUGGAUAAUCUAGAUGCUAUUCUUGGUGAUCUGGCCAGUUCUGAUUUUUACAGUAAUUCCAUAUCCACAAACAGUAGCAAUCUGGGAACCAGGCAACAACAGAUGUUUCAAGGAGCUAAUUCUCUGGGUUUGAGGAGUCCACAGCCUGUGCAGUCUGUUCGUCCACCGUGUAACCGAGCAGUGUCUCUAGACAGCCCUGUUUCUGUUGGCUCAAGCCCUCCAGUAAAGAAUAUGAGUGCUUUCCCCAUGUUACCAAAGCAGCCCAUGUUGGGUGGCAAUCCAAGAAUGAUGGAUGGUCAGGAAAAUUAUGGCUCAAAUAUGGGUGGACCAAACAGAAAUGUGACUGUGAACCAGACUCCUUCCUCGGGAGACUGGGGCUUACCAAACCCAAAGGCCAGCAGAAUGGAACCUGUGAAUUCAAACUCCAUGGGGAGACCAGAAACGGAGUAUAAUGCUUCUUUACCCAGGCCUCCAGUGGGUGGCUCAGUGCCCACCAUGCCUCUUCGGUCCAGUAGCAUCCCAGGCGCAAGGCCGAUGUUGCAGCAGCAGCAGCAGAUGCUUCAGAUGCGGCCUGGUGAGAUUCCCAUGGGCAUGGGAGUCAGUCCUUAUGUCCAAGCAGCACCGUCAAACCAACCUGGUUCCUGGCCAGAUGGCAUGCUGUCCAUGGAACAAGGCCCUCAUGGGACUCAAAAUAGGCCACUUCUUAGGAAUUCCCUGGAUGAUCUCCUUGGGCCACCUUCUAACCUAGAAGGCCAGAGCGAUGAAAGAGCAUUGUUGGACCAGCUGCACACGCUCUUGAGCAACACAGAUGCCACAGGCCUGGAAGAAAUUGACAGAGCUCUGGGCAUUCCUGAACUUGUAAAUCAAGGACAAGCUUUGGAGCCCAAACAGGAUGCUUUCCAAGGCCAAGAAGCAGCAGUAAUGAUGGAGCAGAAGACAGCAUUGUAUGGGCAGACGUACCCAGCACAGGGGCCUCCAAUGCCAGGAGGCUUUAAUCUUCAGGGACAGUCACCAUCUUUUAACUCUAUGAUGAAUCAGAUGAACCAGCAAGGCAGUUUUCCUCUGCAAGGAGUGCACCCUAGGGCCAACAUCAUGAGACCCCGGACAAACACCCCCAAGCAGCUUAGAAUGCAGCUUCAGCAGAGGCUGCAGGGCCAGCAGUUUUUGAAUCAGAGCCGUCAGGCACUUGAAAUGAAAAUGGAAAACCCUACUGCUGGUGGGGCUGCGGUAAUGAGGCCCAUGAUGCAGCCCCAAGUGAACUCCCAGCAGGGGUUCCUGAACGCCCAGAUGGUUGCGCAGCGCAGCAGGGAGCUGCUAAGCCAUCACUUCCGGCAGCAGAGGGUGGCCGUGAUGAUGCAGCAGACGCAGACGCAGCCGCAGCCGCAGGCCUUCAGCCCGCCCCCUAACGUGACCGCUUCCCCCGGCAUGGAUGGGGUUUUGCCAGGGCCUGCGAUGCCGCAAGCUCCACCCCAGCAGUUUGCAUAUCCACCAAAUUAUGGGAUGGGACAGCAGCCAGAUCCAGCCUUUGGUCGAGUGUCUAGUCCUCCUAAUGCAAUGAUGUCAUCAAGAAUGGGUCCCUCCCAGAAUCCCAUGAUGCAGCACCCUCAGACCACACCCAUGUACCAGUCCUCAGAAAUGAAGGGCUGGCCGUCAGGAACCCUGGCCAGGAAUAGCUCCUUUUCCCAGCAGCAGUUUGCCCACCAGGGGAAUCCCGCGGCAUAUAGUAUGGUGCAUAUGAACGGCAGCAGUGGUCCCAUGGGACAGAUGGCCAUGAACGCCAUGCCCAUGGCCGGUAUGCCCAUGGGUCCUGAUCAGAAAUACUGCUGACAUCUCCACACCAGGACCUCCAAGGAAAUCACUGUACAAAAUGACACUGCACUAGGAUUAUUGGGAGUAAAGAAUCACUGUUCUAGGCACCCAGCUUUGAAGAGAGGACCAGCUUUGAUCUUUGUCAAGAGUAUUCCCAGUGACGUCAUUUGAGCAGGACUGGAUUUUAAACUGAAGUGUGAUAUCUACCUUUUUUUUCUUCCUUCUGUGUAUCAUGUUUAAAACAAAUAUUUUUGGCAUUCUGCCUUUUAGGGAUGUGAUUCUGGAGGUGUGGAGUGUUACUGGUCAUGAAGUGCUCCUGUGUCACUGUUUUAUGUGUGGCUACCCACAGUCUUUGGGAAAAAAAUCUAGAUGGGCCAGAGAAAAUUGGAGAAAUCAAGAGGGAUUAGAAAGUCCGGUUUCUCUGGUUGCAGUAUUGAGUGAAGAGCACGGUCCCAGCCUUUGCGUGUUUGUUUUUGUCACUACCAGGUAGUUCUGUCCCGUGGAAUUGGCAUUUCCAAGUUCUCCUUUAAUGAUAGUGUUUGCGUUGCUCUGACCCUACUCUUGUUUGUCCUAGCUUUUUCCUAAAUAGGAUUUUGAUCUGCUCCUAAUAUCCUAUAAUACUUCACCUCCAGGAAUUGUCCUUGGUGUCAGAUGGCUUUGCAGAAGGGAAAUGAGAUGACAGUAUUUAAUCGCAGCAGUAGCAGUUUUUCUCAUGCUAACGUGCAGCUGAGUGCACUUUAUUUAAAAAGUAGUGGAUAAAUGCAAUAUUCUCGAGGUCUUGAGGAAUGCUGGACCACAUUCCUGGUUUUUGUCUAAACUAAUCUGUUGGACGAGAACUCUGAUUUGUUGUUGUUGAAAGUACUGGUGUCACCCUUUGCCUAUAUGGUAGAGCAAUAAUGCUUUUUGAAAAUAAACUGCAGAAAACCCAAGGCCAGGUACUGCAUUCUGAAUCAGAAUUUUGCAGUGUUUCUGUGAAUAGAUUUUCUUUUGUAAAUACGACCUUUAAGAUAUUGUAUUAUGUAAAUUAUGUAUAUACCUUUUUUGUAGGUCACAGCAACUCAUUUUUACAGAGUUUGUGAAGCUAAAUAUUUAACAUUGUUGAUUUCAGUAAGUUCAGCAUGGUGAGGUUAGAGUCAUCCCCUGAAUUCUGUGGUCUAGGGGUGGGGACAGGUCCACAGCUUUCCCUUGCCCCCAGCAUUAGAUGCCUCGCUCUUUUCAGUCUCGUAAUCUAAAUGCUUUUUAAAGAGAUCAUUUGUUUAGAUGUAGGCAUUUAAAAUUGUUUUAAAAGAAAUUCCUCUACCAGAAUUAAGCACUUUGUUAAUUUGGGGGGAGAGAGUAGAUACGGGAAGUAGACUUAAAAAAGCUAUCAAGAAUUGUAAAAGAUCAAGCAAUUUGAUUUAAAAAAAUCUUGGGUUUUAAGCGGUCCAUAAAUUAAACAAAAGCAAGUCUUUUUUUUUUUUUUUUCUUUUCAAAUUGAGUAUGUUGUCCAUUUUAAGAGUGCUACAAGGUUUUGGUUGCUAGGACCCGAGUCCCACGUUGAGAUCUCAGGAGUAGAAUCCUUAAUGUGUGGUUUCUGGUGUCUGCUCAGCUCCCUUGUCAUUCUGCUCAUGUGAUGUCCUUGCCAUUCCUGAGAAUUAGCCACGUUAUGGUGAUUUCUCGAGGAGCUCCGUCUCCACAGCAGGUGGUCUCAUGCUGAGAACCGCAGCCUGACCGGGCGCCUCUGCUCCUUCCCUCCUCUGCCCCCCGCGCCCUUCUGCUGCUGCCACUUGUCAGUCGGGAGCAGGGAAGAAAAUCAGGUUUAAUUCCCUUUACCUUUAUCAGGUUCAAACAGUUGAAUGAAAUUGAGUUUUUGGACUGUCUAUAAAUUUCAAAUAUCUGUUAGCCUUGGUGUCAUUUCCUAGCAAUAACUGAGAGGCAGUUAAAUUUCUUUUUCACACAUUUAGCGAAUCUUUCGAGGUGUCUCUGAAGGUAAGGUCAUUUAUUUCUUUGACUUGCUUAUGAAUAAGUGAAACUUGUUAUUUCCAGAACCACCACCAGAGUGGAUUUGAGCUUCAUACUCCCCCCAACCUUCCUCCACCUGGUUAAAAAUAAUUCUAAGAUUGUAAAUCCAUCAACUUCCAUCCUGGUAGCCUGUACUUCUCAGAUAACACAUCCUCCUGUCUGGAGACAGGCAGAGCUGAGGAAGAGUUUCUUUCUAGACACAGUUGUGUCUGGUGUAUUUGAACCUUUCUUGUUGAAGUCACAUGUGUAUGGGGAGAAAUAGAAUGGUGCUCUUACCUUCCUUGACUUUUAAAAAUUAAAAAAAAAGUUUUGUGAGUAUUUCCUCAGUUAGUCCUGACUUCAGGCUAACUAGAAGGCAGCACCCCUGUUUUAUAUGGGAAAAAAAUGCAGUUUAUUAUAGGUUUUUAUAUUUUCUACUUGUUCAUUUUACUGGUGCAAAUUUAAGAUUUUGAUUUUCUUUUAAUAGCUCCAGUCUUGAGGUAAUUGGUUGUUUUUACCUUUAUUCCCCUUUUAUCUUUUUUGGAUAAUUCUCUGUACUCCUGCUGCCUACCUCUCUUCACCCCCCUCCCCACCGCGCCCUUUCUAAACCUUAGGAUCUGUUGGGUGAACAGUGUAUCUUUUCUUUUAGAAUGUGAGAUAUUUCCAAUACUUACUUUUUUGCUGAAUCCAAAGAUAUAUAAAUAUAUAUUUUAUAAAGAUCAAAAUGAUAUAAAGGAGAUACAUGUUUCUUCGUUUAAAAAAUAGAAAUCCAUUGUUAAUGUUCAUAUUGUGAUGCCACUUUUCUAAAUUGUGCAUCUGGAUGGAAAGGUGUAAAUAUCAAUCAAUAGGACUGCUUAAUCAGUAUUUAAUAUCUAAGGUGAGUUGGGGGUGUAUAAGGGUGGGGUGCUACAAACAGGUUUGCUGUCUUAUAAGUUCCUUGGUCCACAGAGUGGACUCCCAGUUACCCAUGUGCCUGCCCAGUUGUCUUUUUAUUUGCAGAAGCCAUGGGUUCUUUCACAUAGGAGGGAAGCCUCUUGGAUAGAUGAACUCUCCCUGCUGCAGAGAAGCUGGGGCUGCUGUUCGGCUCCAAGGCAGACUGCUUAAUCGUGAGCAGAGUGUUUUUUCUUCCCUUCUCUUUCCAGUAUGUAGAAUUUUGAAGAUAGAAAUGUCAUUCUGAGAGCAAUAUGUAAAUUCUCAGGAAUUGACUUACAGUAUUGAGAAUGAAUUCACUUUCAAUCAAGUUUACAUUAAAUGUUGCUUUUAAAAAAUCUGAAUCAUUCUUUACGCUGCAAAAGAAUCCAAACCACAUGGGAUAACUUAUGAGAUGGUUGGGUGGAAAGCUAUGACUCAAUUUGUUGAUCAUUUUGGAUGUCACUGUAAAUAAAGGUUUCUAUUUAAGCCUAA